AUGUCAAAGAAGAAUAGUAACUUCACCACAACUGAAAAUGUUGCAAGUGGAUCCCGAAAAUUGUCAGCAUUGUGGAAUGCUCAAACUACAGCCAUCUUCAUUGACCUUUGUAUCAAGGAGGUGGAUCUAGGCAAUCGUCCCGGUACUCACUUUAAUAAAGUUGGAUGGGCAAGGUUGGUUACAAAUAUUAGUAAAGAGAUAGGAAGACCGUAUGAAAAAUUACAAUUGAAAAAUAAGUGGGAUUUACUAAAAAAAGAAUGGAAAUUAUGGAAAGAUCUAAAAGGGAAGGAAACUGGUCUUGGGUGGAAUGUUGCUAAGAAUACCGUUGAUGCAUCCGAGGAAUGGUGGCAAGAUAAAAUUAAGGCAGAACCCAAAUAUGCAAGAUUCCAAUUUGAGGGUAUUAGUCCUGAGAUGGAGGAGAAGUUAGAUAUGAUGUUUUUGAAUGUCACAGCCACUGGUAAGCAUUCUUGGGCACCUUCAUCUGGUGUACUUCCAGUUGAAAGUGAUGAUGAUGUCAACCAACUUGAAGUUAACGGUGAUUAG